GCGCACCCCCCCGCAGCUCGCAUCCUACUCCUACACGACCGAUCGCCAUUCAAACUCCCCCUCCCCUCGGCGUCGUCGCUCGCUGGACGCAGGGCACCUGCUGCUUUUUCUUCUGCUCCCAGCCUCCCAGGUGGAGGACCUCCCGUCCCGUCCGUCUCGCAUGCUGCCUCCGACGGUGUCGCCGGCGGCUUCCUCCAUCGCGCCGCCGGUGCUCUGAAACCUGUAUCGGUGAAGGCUCCCGCGUGGAAAUAGGAGCAUGGGUGCGGCGCCGGGAGGCAAGCCGGCGGAGAGCAAGGUUGUGCCGGAUGCUGCGGCGUGGGUGUUCAACGUCGUCACCUCCGUCGGUAUCAUCAUGGUUAACAAGGCCCUGAUGGGUACUCACGGGUUUGGCUUUGUUACGACAUUGCCUGGGAUUCACUUUGCAACUACAGCUUUGGUGGCAUUAAUACUGAAAUCGUUGGGAUAUCUUGAGCCAUCCUAUUUACCUCUUCCAGAGCUUAUGAAGUAUGUCAUUUUUGCAAAUAUAUCAGUUGUUGGGAUGAAUGCUAGCUUGAUGUGGAACUCUGUUGGAUUCUAUCAGAUAUCCAAGUUGUCUAUGGUUCCAGUUUUAUGCAUGCUGGAAGUCUUAUUUGACAAUAUCCGUUACUCAAGGGGCACAAAGCUCAGCAUAAUAGUUGUCCUAGUAGGAGUUGCAAUAUGUACCGUCACUGAUGUUAGUUUAAAUACCAAAGGGUUGAUAUCUGCUACAGUAGCGGUUAGCAGUACUGCAUUUCAGCAACAUUACAUCCAUCACCUUCAGAACAAGUAUUCCCUUAGCGCAUUCAACCUCUUGGGUCAUACUGCUCCAGCCCAAGCAGCAUCAUUGUUACUACUUGGGCCUUUUGUGGACCUUUGGCUGACUAAUAAUAGAGUUGAUACUUACCGUUAUAACAACGUGGUGAUGUUCUUCAUAGCACUGUCGUGCGUGAUUGCAAUUGGAACCAACCUGAGCCAGUUCAUAUGCAUUGGAAGGUUCACAGCCGUCUCAUUUCAAGUUCUGGGCCACAUGAAGACGAUCCUUGUGCUCACCCUGGGGUUCAUCCUCUUCGGAAGAGAAAGCCUGAACGUUCAUGUCGCAUUUGGUAUGAUCCUGGCCAUUGUGGGUAUGAUUUGGUACAAUCAUGCGUCGUCGAGGCCUGGAGGCAAAGAGUGCCAAGAUUACAGGGAGCCGGUCCAGGUAGACAUCGAACAGGUCGAUCAACCGCCACAGGUGAAACCUGACGGGAAGAAUUGAGACGAAAGCCUUAGAGAUUCCACACUCGACAUCCAUUUGCCCCUUCUGGGUGUAGCCGCUUAUACUUGGUAGAGAUGCCGGGAGUACUGUAGAUUUCUCCCAUUUUCAUUGAUGAGCAAGUGAGACGGUGAUGCAACGACACCUCGCGGCAGGAAGAUCACUGAGAUACGCCUGGAGGCAGAUCCCCCGUGAUGUGAUGCCCAACAAACAUGAUCGGCAAAUUGUGUGGUGGUGUAUACUGGUACUACACUAGCCAGUAGGCAGGUAGGGGUAGGAGAAAACGUGCCAAAGAGAUUUGGAUCGCUCAGCCACAACUACCAGAAAGAGAGAACACGUCGAGUCCUGGAAUCAACUAGUUUGGAGCCUGCCAUUGUGAAAAUGUGACUUCUUUCUUUUCUGAUCUGAGAAUUUGCGAUUUUGCUGUUGCAAGAUUUCAGUAGUUUUUAUUUCCACUGUGUAUCAGUAAUUGUUUGCCGCUUGCCCGUAUCAGUAUCAGAGUCGUGGGCUCGUGGCCUAGCAAGUAUGGCUGUGACAGAACCGUCAAAUUAAAACUCAAAUUAAGCAUAAUGACCAUCAUCUGA